AGAACGGUCGUCAUGUGAUCAGCUGAUUGUCUCAGUUUAAACUCAGCCAGACGUUUCAUCAGUUUCAGCCUGAACACACAGAAACACACGUGGACGUCAUGGAGCGUAAACUGGAUCUGUCCCGUCUGACAGACGAAGAGGCCAAACACGUCUGGGAGGUGAUUCAACGAGACUUUAACCUCCGAAAGAAAGAAGAGGAAAGACUCGGUGAUCUGAAGACUAAAAUCGAGAAGGAGGAUACAAAGCGAGAGCUGCUGGGUACUCAGAGUAAACUGUCUGACUCGCACUGCAUCCGCUGCCUGCAGCCCUUUAAGUUCCUGGUCAACAGUAAACGUCAGUGUCUGGACUGCCGCAUGUACACCUGCAAGGCCUGCAGCCGCUACAACAAGAAGGAGCACGGCUGGGUGUGUGACAACUGCCGCAUGACCAGGGUGUUGAAGAUCGGCACUGUGGGUUGGUACCAUGACAACGUUAGAAACCGCUUCAAACGCUUCGGCAGCGCCAAGGUGAUGAGGUCACUGUACAAGAGGCUGAACGGAGACGGUGGUCGUGAUGAUGACACUCAGAGUAUGCCGGAUGUCCGCAGCCAUGUGCAUAAUGGUAACGAGGAUGACCAUGGAGAGGCCGAUGCUCAGCGCUACAAAGUGAUGAGGAAAAGUAAACGUCUGCUGUCAGUUCAUCCUAUGGACUUUGACGCUGAGGAAUAUUUCCCUCAUUCGAGACGACCGUCGGUACAGCAGAUGCAGGAGGAUCGAAGCUACAGGAAUGAGGACUGCGACAUGUCCAACCACCGAGUAAACCGCAGAAGGAGUCUGGACCGAUAUGCCAUGAGAUCUGAUGACUAUGGAGACAGCAGGAUGGUCCGGACUCGCUCUCUGUCAAAGAUCAGCUCUUCGGUGGCUCGACAGCAGUACGUUGACACCUCAGACGAGGACGAUUACCCGAGGUACCCUCCAAUGUACCAACAACCCCCCCACCGCCGCAAGAACAGCAGAACCUCCUCCCAGGAGAACCUGGGACAAGCCCCGCCUAUGAACGAGCUGAACAAACGCAUGUCUGCCAUUGAGAGUCUGCUGAGCCGCCUGGAGGAGAAGAUGACACCUGCUGACGAGACAUCGACUCUGAACGAGGAGGAGAAGCUGAGGAGGAAGCUGAGUGAGCUGGCGGGGAACCUGAGUGAUAAGGGCCUGUCGUCAGACGAUGAGGCCGGGAAGAAGUCCUUCUCUGUGGGUAAAAGUCCGGCUGUCUUCAGGGGUGGCCCGGUGGUCCCUCUAGACUCUGUGAAGGACAAAGAACUGAGCUCAUCCAGCGACGAAAUGCCCACUGAGGCCCAGAAGAGAUCAACUGCUGCCGCCCUCUGUGACCUCACCACUGAGGUCUUGAGAACCAUUAAUGCCACAGAAAACGCAAUGGUUGAAUACGGUCUCUCAGAGCCGGCCGACAGAUCCCACUUAAUAGGGACUGACGUUAAGCAAGCAGAUGAUGCUUUCAGGGAACUUGAGGAAAAUGUGUACAUCGCAGCCGGUAAGUCGUACGAACUGGAGUCGAAGCUGCGACGACUCGAGCAGAGUGCCAAGAAUCGUUUUGGAGGGACGACGGACUCUGAGCUGUCGGAGCUGGAGGACGUGAUGGCUCUGACAGCCGCCAGAGUCCAGAGUGCUGAGAGCGAGGUCUCUGAUAUAGAAAGUAAGAUUGCUGCUCUGAACACUGCAGGAUCAAAGAAGAAGGUUUUUGGAUCUCAUCAGAGGAAAAAGGCAACACAGGACUUCCCCAAAACCACUAACGGAGCUCAGUGGAAAUCAAACGUGUACUGAAACUGAAAACCUGCUGGAGUUUAGAGACAAAGGAAAACUUAGAAAACGUUCUGUCCACAAACUUAAUUAUCAUGUUAUGUUGACAGUUUUUACAUUUUUGGCACUAAAAAUUCAUUUUCUUCCCUG